AUGGGCACAGGUGAUAAUGCUGUGGGAGUGGAUGACAGUGUGGAGAGAAGCUCGGUAACAGUCUGGAUUGUCUCCAGCACCCAGCAUAGUGCUCGGUAUGCAACAGAGACCCACAUCCUGGUCGGUUGUUAUGUAGGUCACCCGGCGCUGUGGCUUCAGCGGCACCGACGGCGGCAAUUCCCCCGGGGGGCCCUAAAAUUCGUUAAGCAAAAGCUGCGGUUGCUGUGCUGGGGUUACACCGGCCAAGGCCGAAGUCCCUGUCCCGAGGGGGCCGAUCUGCUGCUGGGGGAGACAGCUUACCCGGGGACGGGAAAGGGUCGAGUGCCCGUUGCAGGUCCGUUUGGCCGUGGAGGGGCGGGCUCUGGGGUCCGCACCACGUUCCGCUCCUUCGCCGCGUCUUGGAAGCUUCUGGACUGGACGGCGCCCGAGGCCCCCAGCAGCCCGGCCAGGGUCCGUCCAUUCUGGGGACUGGCCAGCUUUGCUGCAGACAGAUUUCCGCACCAGAGCAGCGAGCGAAGCUGGCUCCGCCCGGCACGGCCCUCUAGGCCAAGGCCACCUCCUGCUAAGGCUAACCCUCUUCUCCGCUCCCUGGGGGGUCGCCCGGCGCAGACAUCCUCGGCGAUUCUCAGCGCUGCCCAGGAGCGUCCGGCAGGCCCCGCCUCUGGCGGCCACGUGAUCCAGCCCCGCCCCAGGAGACCACGUGACACAGGCCCCGCCCCCGCCGCUGAUUGGGCGUUCCGUGUUGCCUUUCGACCGGCAGCAUGGGGAGGUCGUCACGUGGGGGCGGUGGCGGCCGCGGCACCUCGGGGACUGGCGGGCAUGGAACCGCGGGCAGCUGGGGUCGGGGGCGGCGAGGGGCCGGCAGCCCCGGAAGGAGAGCCGCCCCCGCGGGGCGCGCGGGCCGGGGAAGGGGAGGAGACGCGGCCGCCCGAGCCGCGGCCGGAGCCAGAGCUGCGGGAGGAGCCGCCCAACCCAGCGGCGGUCAGCUUGGCUAUGUCUGACCACUUCUAUCAAAAGAAGGAAGGAGAUGACCAUGGAGUCAUGAGAUGGAGACCAAAACUAGCCUGUGGGGCCCAGAACGUGCCCAUCCAAGGGGAGAGUGACCAAAUUGAAGAAGAUGAGAUGCAGGAUUGUGGGGACUCUGAGGAAGACUUGAACUGGGAGCUGGAAGAUGUGAUGGAGAACAUCAUCCCUACAGAGGAGAAGGCCGAGCCUCCUGUUAAGGAGGAUUGGGACAGUGAGCUGAUUGCUGACCAAGGGAAUCCGUACGGUGCUGAAGACAUCCACCAUGCCAGCAUUCAAGAAUUCUGUCUCUGGGCACCUCGGGCCCAGCGAGGAGACAUGAUCUAUGAUCCGAGCUGGCACCACCCUGCCCCCCUGACUCCCCACUAUUCCAAAAUGGUGUUUGAGACCGGGCAGUUUGAUGAUGCUGAAGACUGAAACUUUGGGAUGCAUUCCUGCCUUGUGGGCUGGGGGGGGUGGUGUCCUCCCCUUUCCCUUCUUCCCAUCCAUCAAAUUCCCUUAUUCCUGCUUGGGAGGUAGGACCUUACAUUGGGGAACUGGUGUUGGCAUGGAUCCUGGAAGCUGCUGCAUUUUCAUAGACUUGUUUAAGAAAGGAAAGAAACCUUUUCUCUCCCAUUUUCUUUUGGGCUUUGUUGGCACAAUCUUGCCUGGAACUCGGGUGGAUACUGUGGCAUUAGAGGAGGGGGAAAUCCUGGUGGGUUUUUUUUUUUUUCUUAAAUAAAAGUUGAAAAAUCAGAAUGCUGCUUUUGUCAUUCCCCACUCCCUUUAAUUGGCUGCUUCUGAGCCAUCUUGGGCUCAUGGCUUCCUGGUGCCUGUCUCUUUUCACAUUUUUUAAAAGACAUCACGCAGUAAAAGUUUGGAGAUUUACUAGCA